CUUUUUCAUUCGGCGCAGGAGAGAGUCGGCGGGGUGAACACGGGGCGAGAGCCUGGGGUAGAAUGGUGGGCCUCCAAAGGGGGACGGCGACACGGAUUCACACGCUGAGGGCUUGAACAUCGACGCGGUUCGUCUUUGAGCUGCCUGCAUGACGGCUGCUGUGGCUGGGAAUCGUUAGACCUUCGCCAACGGGCUUUUGAGCUUUCCCCCCCAAACCGCUGGCUGGCUGACUGACUGCCUUCCCUGUAAGAGGGGAGAGAAGGACAAGGAAGAAGCCGAGAGGAAGUGUGGAGGACCGCAGGCUUUCUGAGGCCUCCCCUAAGCUGCUGACAGCACGACAAACUGGGCACAGGCACAGCUCAAGUAACGUCUUAAAUACUGGCUUUUAACGUCUUUAAUAACCUUGAAGCUUGAGGAUCAUUGUGCAUGACAGCUAUUGCAGGUAGUGGAUUAGGCUGAACUCCUCUGCCUUUCUUCAUUUGGACAGUACUGUGCUCAAGGCUCUGUUUACCUCUGAAUACUUCAUAGGUGUCUAAAGAGAACAUUCACAAGCUGCUACUGGCUGUUAUCGUUGCUGCUCAAGUGACAGGUUUACAUCCAUUUUGUGCUACUGUCUGAGCCUGUCAUUCCUAAGGGAAAGUUUGUGAUUUGUGCUUGGAUGAGUGAAAGGGAACACUGCUCCCGUUGGAGUUGAGCUGGUUCAUAGUCCAUAUUGAUUGACUGACCAACUCACGAAAGCACAUUCAGCAAGAACUGUUUCAAAAUUUCAGGUGCCAUUGUGUGUUAAGUAUUAUUUUCUUGUAAGAGUGAAGGAGAUAUUUAUGAACUAUUUACAAGAUGGGGAAGAUGCUGUCAAAAAUAUUUGGCAACAAGGAGAUGAGAAUAUUGAUGCUAGGGCUUGAUGCAGCAGGAAAGACCACCAUUCUGUAUAAACUGAAACUGGGACAGUCUGUAACCACUAUACCUACAGUGGGCUUCAACGUGGAAACAGUCACCUAUAAAAACGUCAAAUUCAACGUGUGGGACGUUGGUGGACAAGACAAGAUUCGUCCACUCUGGAGGCAUUACUACACAGGCACACAAGGGUUAAUCUUCGUCGUGGAUUGUGCGGAUAGAGAUCGUAUUGACGAGGCAAGGCAAGAACUGCACCGGAUCAUCAAUGACCGGGAGAUGCGUGAUGCCAUCAUUCUGAUUUUUGCAAAUAAGCAAGAUCUACCUGAUGCCAUGAAACCACACGAAAUCCAAGAGAAGCUGGGACUAACACGCAUCAGAGAUAGGAAUUGGUAUGUGCAGCCUUCAUGUGCUACCACAGGUGAUGGACUGUACGAGGGCUUAACAUGGCUAACCUCAAAUUACAAAUCUUAAUGACCGACUGAUUGGCAAUGACUGUUUUAGUUAGAAAGAAAAAUAAACCUGGUGGAAAAAAAUAACACAUUAUCUCUCUGAUGAACAUGCUCAAAUCUUUGAAUUAUAUUUUCAUUUAUUUUUGAUUGUUGAAAUGACCCUUAUGACUAAUAAUUUAUCUCUUUGAAAAGAAUGGGUUUUGCUCGCAUUUAGUUCUGUUUUGUGACACCUGUCACCUUACUUAAUUGACUGUUGCUUGACAUGGUAGAGCAUUCCUGAAUUUAAUCUAAAUGCAGAUUCUCUAUUUUUUUUCUGAAUGAUAUAGGUUUUUGUAUCUCUGAUUUCUUUCUUUUUAUUUGGUUAAAGCUUGUUCUUCCUGACCUCUCUUGUCAGUUGUCUGUGUUUUUGGAGUCUGUGUGGAAAAACUGAGAGUCUGUCUCUUGCAAAUAGUCCAUCAUUCUGACAUAAGGCAUUUUAUACAGAAAUGUUUAUAGAAAAGUUCUAACAACUGUAGUAAAAGGCCAGUUUCAUUGAGGAAGUUGUAGCAAGCAUAUUAGGUAGACUGACGGAUUAAACUGUAAUAUUGUCAUGAUUUUACUGACAUCACAAGAUAAACUGUAAAUGAGACCCAUGGAACAUUUAUAUGCAAAAAGUCUUUGACUCCAACUCUCAAAUACUUGCCUAGACUCUCAUGCGUCAUGCUGUCAAAAGCUUCUGAAUCGAAUACUGGGUUCUUUUUUCUGCAUCACCUUGCAGAGCACCAAGCCCAGAACAAAUGGAAAAAAGCUGUUGUUUUCAGAGAUUGUUUAAAGACUCAAAGCAGCUGAAUGCUUUUUGUAAUCCAUGAAGUCCUUUUUCUACAGUUCAGGCUUUAAACCACCAGACUGUGUGUCACUUGCAGUUCUGUGUCUCCAAAAUGUGGCAUUGUUACAUUCUUGCAUUUCCAAUGUAGUGCUUGCAUCACAGCAGACGCAAUUUGCCAUUGAAAUGGAGAGAAACCUUUCAUAUGACUCAUUUUCUCUCAUUGCUUUACUCAUUUCAAAAAACAUGUACAGAAACUAAUUGUAAUUGUAACCUCUAAUUAAACUUAGUCAUUUUAAAGGUUUUACUUUA